AUGAGCUUACAUUUAAAAGGUCUGCACCAACCUCCUCUAGAGACAUUCAAAAAAAGUGGAAAGCAGAAUCGUAGCUUUCAAGCUUCUUGGUAUAGAAAUAAUUCAAAAUGGCUUGAAUAUUCUCCUACAACAGAUGCAGCUUAUUGUCUACCCUGCUUUGUCUUUCAUAAUCCAAAUGUGGUUGUGGGACAAAAUACAUUUAUUGUUGGAGGAUUUAGAAAUCGGAAAAAGCAUUUGCAAAGGGUAGUUGAUCAUUUCACUACUGAACAAAUUGCAAAUAAUCGGUUGCAAUUGAAGGCCACAAUUUUUGUUGUGCGAUAUCUUGCCUUUCAAGCUAUAGCUUUUAGAGGUCGAGAUGAAAGUUUUAGUUCAUUUAAUCGUGGGAACUUUCAUGAAUCAUUGGGUAUUGUGACUUUUUGGAAUGAGAAGGUUGCUGAAAUAAUAGAAAAAGUUCCAAAAAAUGCAACCUACACAUCACCUAGGAUUCAAAAGGAAAUUCUACAUGUUUUCUCAGCCAAAGUGAAGAAGGUCAUUUGGGAAGAAAUUGGUGAUGCAAAGUUUUGCAUAAUGGUUGAUGAAGCUCGUGAUGAGUCCAUGAAAGAGCAAAUGGCUAUGGUGUUUAGAUAUGUUGAUGCAGAAGGCUUUGUGAAAGAAUGCUUUUUUGGGCUUAUUCAUGUUGUUGACACUGCAGCUUUGACUCUAAAGAAGGGGAUAUAUUCUUUGUUAUCUCAAUAUUGCUUAGAUAUACAAAAUAUUCGAGGGCAAGGAUAUGAUGGAGCAAGCAACAUGCGAGGUAUGUGGAAUGGAUUACAAGCUUUGAUUUUGAAUGAUUGCCCAUAUGCUUACUAUAUCCAUUGUUUUGCACAUCACUUACAAUUAGCAUUAGUAAAAGCAUCAAAACAAGUUGUUCCCAUUAGUCAUUUUUUUCUUACAUUGCUUUUUCUGAUCAAAAUUGUUAGUGCUUCAUGCAAGCGCAAUGAGCAAUUGAAAGUUGCCAAUGCUAAUGAAAUAGCACGUUUGAUUGAUCUUGAAGAGCUUGAGACUGGAAGUGGACUUAAUCAAAUUGGCACUUUACAACGACCUGGAGAAACAUGUUGGAGUUCACAUUUUAGACCAGUUUCUAGCUUAUUAAGGAUGUUUAGUUCAACUGUUGAAGUUUUACAAAAUAUAAUUGAUGGUGCAAUUGAUGGAGAAAAUCGGGCAGAAGGAGAAGAUGAUGGAUGGGAUGGCUUACUCACCACUGUGAUAUCAUUUUGUGAGAAGCAUCGCAUUGAUGUCUUGGAUAUGAAUGCUCGUUAUGUUGCGAGGCGAGGUCGAGCUCGUAAUCAACCAGAUAACGUUAUAAAUGAGCAUCAUUAUCGAGUAAAUAUUUUUUAUGCUACAAUAGAUUCUCAACUACAGGAACUAAAUUAUCGGUUUAAUGAAGAUGCAAUGGAGUUGCUUAGGCUUAGCUCAGCUUUAGAACCUCGAGAGGCAUUAAAAUCUUUCAGAAUUAGUGAUCUUUGUUUGUUGGUAAAGAAUUUCUAUCCACAAGAUUUCACAGAUUAUGACAAACAAGUGUUGGAGAAGGAGCUUUAUCAUUUUGAGCAUAAUGUAGUCCAAGAUCCAGAGUUCAAAAAAUUGAAAAGUUUAUCUGAGUUGUCUCAAUGGUUAGUGAGAACUGGAAAUUCAGAACACUACAAACUUGUUUAUAGAAUGGUGAUACUUGUGCUUACUCUUCCAGUUUCUACUGCUACUACAGAGCGAGCAUUUUCAGCUAUGAAACUUGUCAAAACUGAACUUCGAAACAAAAUGGAAGAUGACUUUUUGAAUGACUCUUUGAUGUUAUACAUUGAAAAGGAUAUAGCUUCGACAUUUAGUUUGGAUUCAAUAGUAGAUGAUUUUGAAGAUUUGAAAGAGCGUCAAGUUCCCUUUUCAUAG